CUAACCCAGCCACGAGUCACGACUGCUGCACUUCUACGCCAAAGUUUUUAACCUAAAUUGUGGUUGAGUAUAAUAUUGUCUUUGAUCGUGGCGCGAACCUUGCGACGACCGUUGUGCCGCCGUGCUUUAGCCGUUAUUACAAUCAAAUCAUUAAUUACGUGAUAAUGAUAAACGAUUGACGACAUUAAUAAAUAAUAAUUAUUAAUUAGCAGCGUACGAUUUGCGACAGUGAUUGUGUGCGGGCCGUGACAAUAAUACCAUUAUUAUUGCUUGUAUUUUUUUCAGUUCAUCUCACUAUUUAAGAUAUUAUAUUUGAAAAUGUACAAUGUAGUGGCGCAUGCUAAUACUUAAAUUGUCGGUCUAUAAAGUUAAUAAACAUUAUUGUUGCGCUUUAGCAAAUAUUAAUAGCUUGUUAUUUACAUCGUGAAUUCGUGAGGAUUGAAGUCUUCUAAGAUGGAAGACAAAUCAGAUCAAACAAUCGAGUUGGAAUCGGAAGUUAUUUUAAGAGUCCCAUCGGAAGCUGCUGCUACGAUAAGAGAGAUAAUUAAAAGUGAUGCCAAAGAUCAACUUAGUAUAAAACUAGAAAAUGAUAUUCGCAGAGGUGAAGUUUGUAUCGGCAAUCAUCAUCUAUUUGCAAAGGUUGUUGACUUACCAACUAUCAUUGAAGGACAAAAAACACUUGACAACAAGACUAUGUAUAAAACUGCAGAUAUAUGUCAGAUGAUUAUAUGCAAAGAAAACGAAGAACUUUUUCUGUCUGAAGAUGAUGAGGAAACAAAAGUAUUAAAAAAAAAAGAACCUUAUAAAGUUGAUAAAAAAUAUUUGUGGCCACAUGGUGUAACUCCGCCAUUGAAAAAUGUACGAAAACGAAGAUUUCGUAAAACCCUUAGAAAACAAUAUGCUGAAGCUCCAGAAAUUGAAAAAGAGGUUAAAUAUCUCUUAAAAAGUGAUAGUGAAGCUGUUUGUGUAAAAUGGGAAGUAAUAUCCGAAACAGAGCUUCAAAACAAUAGAAAAAUUAAAGAAGAACCUUUUAUGCAAGGUGAACUGUAUAAUAAUCUAAAUCAAGACAUUGCGGAAAAAGAUAUUUUUGGUGAAGCUGUAAGUGAUUCAGAUGAAGAUGGUAAUAUAAAUAUAAUGGAUAUGGAUGAAGAUAUGAGUAAUGAUAAUAGCCGUUUCUCUGAUACUAAUUCAUUAAUGGAGGAAAAACCAUCAAUUUCUGGAACCCAAAAUCUUAUUACAGAGUUUACGAAAGAAAUGUUUAUUUCUGAUGAUAGUUCCAGCCAUGUUAUUAAAAAGGAAGAAGGAAAAGAUUCCACAUUCGAUGAAAGUAUGGGUUAUAGAUAUGAUUUAGGUGUGGAUUGUAAGUCUGAAUUAGAACUUAGCAAUGAUAAUGAACUUGGUGAUACAUCCAUUUUAUCAACAUUAAAAGCUGGAAGUGUGUCUGCUGAUGAUAUAAAACAUAAAAUUGAUCAGUUAAGACAAGAAAUUGAAGACCUUAAAGAACGUAAAUUACAACAAGAUUGGCAAAUUGCAAAUAUUGAAAAUAUUAAUUUAAGAGAACGUUUUAUUAGUUUAUCUAAUAAUCUACAUACUGAGCAACUAGAAAAAGAACAACAGAUUCAAGAACUUCAAACAUAUCACCAUUAAAUAAGAUUGUUGGUUUUAUAAAAUAAUUUUAUUUUAGACUCUGCAAUCGUUCUAUUACUUUAAUGUUAUUAUUACUUUAAGACUACGGUUUUUAAUGUUAUAAAUAAUCAUUUUUUAAUCUUGAUAAGUUUAUCUUACUUAUUCAUGAUUCUUAUUCAUCAAUAUAUAUA